AUGUUUGGAGAUCGUCAGCUGUCUGUCAUUAGUCCAGCUACCAGGGAUAAGGAAGUCUUCAAAUGGAUCCCCUGCAGGCCAGGGGAAAUCAAGGAUGAGAACUCAGAAAUUGUUGACGUUAUUAGUUGGGUAGUGUCUGAUGUCAAAGAAAUGUCCGAAAAUCCAGCACUGGUUGAGCUUCUCAAGGAAACGGACAGGAGCUCCUAUGAUGAUGUAUCGAAACUUUGUGAUGUGUACAAUAAAGCUAUCAUAGAUCUUUGGGACAUGUGGAUUGAGGAAAAUACUGUCCCUGAAUUUUUCAACCGAAAAGCUUCUCGUGGUCAUGUUCAGUUCAUUCUUCUUCAAUGUUAUAAUCGAGCUGUAUCAGAUCCGGAUAAACUGAAUCAAUAUCCACCUUUUUCGCCUCAAGUGUAUGGGGAGACUUCCUUCGAACUUAUUUCACAGAUGAUCGACACGAUCGCAGUUACUAGUGACGACGUAUUUAUCGAUCUUGGGAGUGGUGUUGGUCAGGUUGUCCUUCAAGUAUGUGCCUCUACUGAUGCGAAAUUUUGUUACGGAAUUGAAAAGGCUGAAUAUCCCGCUAACUGCGCAUCGCGUCUUGACUCAACUUUCCGUCACUGGAUGAGCUUUUACGGAAAGUCUUAUCGACCCUACACGUUGGAACGCGGAGAUUUUCUAUCAGCGGAGUACCAAGAGAAAAUAACAAAUGCUGGCGUCCUUUUUGCAAACAACUUUGCCUUUGGUCCAGAGGUGGAUCACCAGCUAAAGCAAAGGUUUGCUAACCUUAAAGAAGGUGCCCGGAUAAUCUCUUCAAAGGCUUUCUGUCCUUUAAAUUUCCGAAUCACCGAUAGGAAUCUCGGAGAUAUUGGAUCAAUCAUGCGUGUGAGCUGUUUAAACCCAAUCCAAGAUGCAGUUUCAUGGACUGACAAACCAUUUAGCUAUUAUGUUCAUACAAUUGAUCGUUCGCUGUUAGAACAAUACUUUGCUCGUUUAAAAAAUCCGAAAUCUAAAAAUGAAAAUCGAACCGUUCGUCGCGAUCGUAAGGGUCGUGUAAUUUCUGAGGCAACUAUACAAGAAGGUUCAAUCCAGUUAACACUAAAUGCUAGCGAUAACAAUCAACAUAACACAAAUGGUAACGUCAGUCAUAAAGCUAAGAGGUCAUCAACUAUCAUAAAACAUCGUUCGAGUACUUCCCGGUGCUUACCAAAUAGGUCAGCAUCUCUACCUGCAGUAACAGCUAGUUCUCCUUCAGAGUUGAUCUCUGUUAAAGGAAGAAAGCUGAGUUCACAAAAUUAUUUAUCAAAGAAUGAAACUAUUAGUCGCCAAAUCACUAAUGGAUCCAUGGUUGUGCAUAGAAUAAAACAAUGUGAAUCACCACAUUUACAAUCAGAAUUUAAGCGUUCUCAUGUUCACCAUAAAGACAAUCAGUCACCUCUUGAUAUCUUCACACUAUCUAAGGAUACUAGUAAUGCAUGUCUAGUUGAAUCUCACGUUGAUACACAACUAGCGUCAUUAACUUCAGGUGGACCGAUAGCCUGUGGUAAUAAUGAAGACGGGAAACAGUUUCGUAAAGUUAUUCGACAUUUGUUAGAUGAUCCUAGCGAAUCUCACUCAUUAUCCAAGUCAGAUAAUAUCAAACAGAGUGUACGUCGUAAAAGCAAAACAAUUGAAAAUGAUAACAAGUUAACAUUUAAUUAUCCAAUUAUUGAUGAUUACUUAAGUUUACAUUCAUCAUCAUGUCACGAUCAGCGCGAUAGUCGAAAUUCUUCGUCAUCACCGUAUGUUUCUUCAUUAUCGUCGGCUAAUCGAUCUCCGAAUUCUCAAAUCGAUGAAAUCACUUCUUUGAAUAGCUUGACAAAACGUUCUGAUCUGGAAUUAAAAUCAGUUCAAUCACCUGAUCUUUCUAUUUUCCCAGAAAAUAAACUAGAUAAGGAUAAACAUGAGGAUUCUUUUCAUAUACGUAUUAAAUUCAAAAUAUCUAAUUCACCAAGUGGUCAAAACCAUCCAGUCAGUGUUAAAAUCAAACCUCCAUGUAAUGGUGAUAACACGCCCAAUAGAUUAAGUAAUCCUGAAAACUCCAAUGACACAUGCGAUACUGAUGUCAUAAAUAAGGACCAUCCUAAUAGCGUAGCUAAUCGUCGUAUACUUCGUAAAUGUCGACAAAUGUUAAGUGAUGAUUCAUCAUCAUUAAAUGUUACAAAUUUUAAAAAUUCAAACAAUCGAACAAUAGCCUUGCGAAAACGAAUGCAAAAUCACUUUAUGGAUUCGGGAAACCGUAAUAAAUCUCCAUCAGUGCAUUCUAAUUCUUGCAAAACGAAUAACAAAUUAAAAUAUACACGUAGAUAUUCACUUGAUAAAUUAAGUCACAAUAUGAAUGUUUUACACGAUUACACUGUAACACAUGUGCAAUCCCAACUAACACCAACUCAGUUUGGAUUGAAUGACAAAAGAUUUCCUACAUACACAUGUCAUUACCAACCUGUGGAUGUGUAUACAGAAAGCAGUGCAACCCAAUUGAGUGACUCAAACUUGUCUGAUCCUCAUACAGGAUAUAAUAAAGCACCGGUACCGUUCGCACUUACACAAUAUUUGGAAUUGACUAAACAAGCAUUUAUGGACCAUUUUGCCAUGCUACAUUCCCCCGCCUACGCAUCAACAAUUCAAUCAGAACUUGAACGCGAACACAAUCGACAAGCUGAGUUAUUAAAACACACAAAAUUUUUGGAACAGUCUAUCGCUAAAUUGCAUUCAGAUGGGACAGAUUUAUUAAAUCGGUUCACAAAACGCCUAGGUAUCCUAAUCACCACACCGGCUGCAUUUUUCUCUCAAGCUCGAAGGUUAAUCAAACAGCAUCAUGUUUUGGAGGAGAAGAUUGCUGAAUUUCGAAGGCAGAUAUCACUACUAUCAUCUGCCAAUCAAGAAUUAGUGAGACGUCACCAUAUUGAGGCUGCACGUCUUUUAGCCACUGCAACAGCGAUUAAAUCAGAUAAUUCAUUUCAAAAUCAACAUCCUACAUUGAAUAAGUUAAUCUGCUCUGGAAACGAUGUUAAAGUAACUGAAAUAAAUAAAAAUGGAUUUCAUUAUAAUUCUGACAAUAUGUUACCAUCUUCCACUUCUUCUGAAUCAAAUUAUCGAAAUGCUAUUUCGCUGAACUCAGUAGUGAUACCACCACCACCAUCGUUAACUAAAGUUUCUCAUAAUACACUAAACUGCAAUAAAUUCGGAAUCCCUUCAAUUGUCACUUCAGAUAACUUAGUAUCCGCUCAUGAAAUGAAUCAACAGCAUUCACUGAAUCCUAUAAAAUCUUCAAAUAUCAAGCUUAGAACAUCAAACGGUGCACCUUCAGUUUUGCGUAAUAAUACUGAUGUUCAUAAAUUUGCACCGGUAUUAAUAAAAACUGUGAAUACAAGUAACCAUUCUGCCGUUUCAGUUCACACUACCAAUAAUAAGGCAGAUCGCGAUCAUAAAGUUAUUACUGAUAAUAGUAAUAAUCAUAACAACACUAAUAAUACCACUAAUAACUGCACUAAUCAUAGAAUUGAUAAACAUAUGAAUAUACCUCCUCCACCACCUUUACUCCCUAUGCACAUUCAUUCGGAUGUUUAUGUGGAUGGUGUAUUAUCAUCCGCUAAAUCUCCCACCGAUUUCAACAAACAUAAGUAUUUUAAUAGUAAUAAUAAUCCUUCAUUACUCACCGAACUGAAUCGUUCAUUUAUUACAUGUAGAACCGAUUAUGAUAUGUCACUUAUUCAAUCAAAUUAUCGUUCUCAUACCAAAUCAAUGCAUGCUUCUCUCCAAGAUUUAAUUCUUGAUGAGUUCUCUCGUGAAACACCAUGUAUUUCGGUGAGUAAUUGUCCUACUGUUACUAAAACUAAUAAAAACAGAAAUGUUUACAGUAUGUCAGAUUCUUCAUAUAGUUGUCAAUACGAGGAUAAUCCGGAUCCCCUUUUUCAACGUCACAACCACCACAAUCAUAAUCAUAAAAUUCUUCAUCCUAAUUACAUAGAUUACAGUCACCAAUUGAAUUUACCACCACGUAAACGACACUGGGAUUCAUCUAACUACAAUCCUACAACUACUAAUAAUUAUGGUGAAGAGUGCGAACCCCCCAAAUUGUCUCGUGAGUGUAAGAGUACAGACAUGGAGACCUAGCUUUAGCCACUGCUAAUACUGCAUAUAAUACUAAUAGUUCUAACCUUUCUUAAAUAUUCAAGUGUAAAUUUGGUGUCCAUCGUCACUUCUUUUAUUGGUUUUAUAUCAUAUUUUCACUACACUCUCUCUAUUCAAAACUGUCAAAAUUGUUUACUUGCUUUAAAACUGUGUAUUUUCUUUUUGAAAUUACUUGUUUUCUCUUCUACAAUCUUGGUAAGAAAACGAAGUUACCGCUACAACUGUGAAAUUUAAUGUGCAUUGUUACCGUUCAAUCAUUAUUUAAUCUAAUUUCACACGUCAAUAACACAUAUCUAUAUUUAUGUCUGUAAAUACGUCUAUGGUUCUUUUACGCACAUUUUUCAUAUGAUUAGAAAUGAAAUUCCUUACCAUUUGUUUUUUCACAUACUUAUUUUCAAGAAAUCAUGUAAUACAUUUUUUUAAAAUCUUAGGCAAUUAUAUUUCUCUAGAUAUAAUAAUAAGAAAGCUGUCCAUGUAUUGCUUACCAUAAUUUAGUCUUUAUAACGAAAUGUUUCAAAGAACAUGUAUGUAUGUACUUACGUGAAUAUAACAGAUAAUCACACUACUGUUAUCAUAAUUAUGCACAUUUCUGUUUUAAAUGUGUCUUUCUCAUAUCACCAUUGCUUUGAAUUUCCAUUUCUUGAGUGUGUACACAAGUAAAAGGAUGUUUCAGAAUGUCCAGUGUAAACUUUCACAGUGCAUCGGCUUAUUCAUUAAGAGAACAUACGUUGCCAGGUUAUUUGUUAUAUUACGUUUUUUUAUCUUCUAGAAUUUUUUCGAGAUUGUUACUACUUACUUUUCACUGAGAUAUAUUGUUUUUGCAUCUAGAUGAUACAUUUAACGGUAGUUAACGUUGUCUUGAUACCUACACAGCUUUAAAAAGUGUUCCUAUUGUUGUCCAGAUAUUUAACUUCUCAUCCAGGUCUACUAGUUUAUAUUUCUUACUAACAAUUUUUGGGAAUCAAAUAGGUUUAUCUCUGCGUAUAUUUCAGUUACCUUGUAAAUAAGGUGUUAUCAAUGUCAUCUUAGUGGACAUUUAUGUGGUGAUUAUAUCUGUUGGUGUUAUUGUUACAGUGGUAAUGAUUAUGUCUAUUUGAUAUUCAAACUUUUGUAAGUUCUUGUUCUCUGGAAGUUUUUCUAUUCUCAAUGGACUAAAAGUUGGUGGGAUCAUAUGCGUGUCUGGUUUUGCCCAUCAUUGAAACUGGUUACUAUUCAUUUCGGAAUGAACGGAUACAUAUUAUUUUCUGUAUCUUCAGUUUGUAGACUUGGAAAUUUUCCUAACAAUUUGUACUACUAUUACUUUUUAUUAUCAUCUAAUUGUGAGGAUUGAAAUUUUAUUAUGUAUGUCAAUUAUGCUGAUGAAUUUUGAUAAGUAAUUUCUUGUUUUCUUACUGCCACGUUCCUAAUAUCUUGAAAGAGAAAAUAUAAAAGCCGUUUUGUAUAUUG